AUGUGCUCCCGCCAGGACAAGGACCAGUGCCACCGGCAGGAACGCUACACGCGCCAGAGCUCCGGCGGCUGCCACGGCUCCGGUGGUGGCUGCGGCAGCUCCGGCAGCAGCGGCGGCUGCCACAGCUCUGGUGGUGGUGGCUGCCACAGCUCUGGCAGCAGCGGUGGCUGUCACAGCUCUGGCAGCAGCGGGGGUUGCCACAGCUCCAGCGGUGGUGGCUGCCACAGCAGCGGCAGCUCUGGCUGCCACGGGAAGCCACAGAUCCAGUACCAGCCACAGCAGCAGCAGCAGCAGCAGCAGCAGAUCCACCAGCUGCCCUCACAGAAGCUGAAGUGA